CUGCUCACCUGCCUCCUCUAUAAUGUUGGUGGAAGUGGCCGAGCUACGUCUCGUGGACAUUGUCUGCAGACAUUGUGUUUGAAGCGACAAUGAGCGUCACCACAGCAGCAGGUGGACUCCUUCUUGUUAUUGUACAAGUGAUACAGGGCCACAGUGACUAUGCUGUGAGUUACACGUCUACAGAGGUCUGCGCCCUCAGAGGGUCAACAGUGGACCUCAGCUGCACGUACACAUACCCACUCACAGGGAAUGACCGUGGUGCCACAGUAGUGGAAUCGUUCUGGUUCAUCAAAAAGAGCAAUGGAGUUUAUGUCGACGUGAGAUCAGACCCGGAUUAUUCAGACCGCGUGGAGUAUGCGUGUGAAAACAACAACAAGUGCACUCUGAGAAUCAAAGACCUGCGAGACAGUGACGCGUCUCAGUACAUGUUCAGAUUCAUAACAAACCAGCCUGGAGAAGCUUUUAAUGCUUCACCCGGAGUCACUCUGUCUGUUGCAGAUUUACAGGUGCAGGUGAGCACUUUAGCCAUCUAUAGCUCCAUGAUUGUGACAGAGCUUGCGUGUCAGAGCAGCUGCCGCCUCCCUGAUCAUCUGACCUACAUUUGGUAUAAAAAUCAACAGAAGAAGAAGGAAGGAGAAUCUUAUUCUGAUCGUUUGAAUCAGACAGACAGCGUCUCCUGUGCCGUGAAAGGACAUGAGAGAAUCUCCACUCCAUCAGUGUUGAUGUGGAGUCAGAGAGGUUAUGCUGUGAACUUUGCAACUCCUGUCAUCUGUGCCUUCAGAGGAUCAACCGUGGACAUAAGCUGCACCUACACAUACCCUCACACAGUGACUCAGGUGGAUCUCAGGUCUGUGCCGGACUCUUCGAGUCGUGUGGAGUAUCUGUGUGGAAACAACAAGUGCACUCUGAGAAUCAAAGACCUGAGAGAGAGUGACGCCACUCGCUACAAGUUCAAAUUCAUAACAAACCAACCAGAAGGGAGUUUUACUAGUUUGUCUGGAGUCACUUUGUCUGUCGCAGAUCCUCAGCUGCAGUUACGUGUGAGGAGGUCAGUCAGUCAGGAUUGUGCCUGGACCGAGCUGACGUGUCACAGCAGCUGUCCGCUGUCUGAGAGUGUUUCCUAUGUCUGGUACAAUAAUGGAGAAAGAGUUGGAGAAGGAACAAAAUAUCUUCUCUUUGAAUACUUCAGACCAACAGACAGCUACCACUGUGCGAUAAGAGGACGCAAGCGUAUUCGUUCUCCUUCUAUGUCCUAUCCUUCAGAUGCUCCACAGACUCCCUCUGUGUCCGCGAGUCCCUCUGGUGAGAUAGCAGAGGGUCAUUCACUGACUCUGGCCUGCACCAGUGCUGCAAAACCAGCAGCUAAUUACACCUGGUACAAGAAAAACAGAGACACACUUCAAUUUCUCACGAAAGAGAAAAGGUUUCUCUUCAGGUCCAUUAAGUCCUCAGACUCAGGACAGUAUCAAUGUACAGCUGAGAAUUACCUGGGAAGGAACACGGCAAACAUCACUAUUAGCGUGAAAUAUACUCCCAGGCGUCCCUCUGUGUCCGUGAGUCCCUCUGGUGAGAUAAUGGAGGGCAGCUCAGUGUCUCUGGCCUGCAGCAGUGACGCUAACCCAGCAGCUAUUCACACCUGGUUCAAGGAGAACAGAAAUGGACAACACCGUGUUGUCAGGGAAGGGACACCGUUUGUCUUCAGGUCCAUUCAGUCCUCAGACUCUGGACAGUAUCACUGCAGAGCUCAAAAUAAGCUGGGCUGGAGUUCACACAAUAUCUCCAUUGCUGUGUCAUAUGCUCCCAGACCUCCGUCUGUGUCCGUGAGUCCCUCUGGUGAGAUAGUGGAGGGAAGUUCAGUGAAUCUGACCUGCAGCACUGAUGCAAACCCAGCAGCCACGUGUGUCUGGUACAAGAACCAAAGGUUGAUCAAAGGAGCAGAGAGAAGUCACUUCCUGUCUCCCGUCACGUCAAACGACAGAGGGAUGUACGAGUGCAAGUGUGAGAAUAAACAUGGAUGUAACUUUACCUCGAAUUUUCUAAAUGUCCACUACGCUCCAAAGCCUCCCUCUGUGGCAGCGAGUCCCUCUGGUGAGCUUGUGAAAGGCAGCUCAGUGACUCUGACCUGCAGCACUGAUGCAAACCCAGCAGCUACUUAUACCUGGCACAAGGAGAACAGCAGCUCAGUAAAAGCAUCCGGACACACAUUCACCAUCUCUGACAUCACAGCUGAACAUGGAGGAAAUUAUUACUGUCAAGUGCAAAACAGAUAUGGACACAGCAACACCUCCUUAAAACUGUUUUUUGCACCAGUGAAAUCACCCUAUGUAAAUGUGAACAUCAUCAGGCCGACUCUGUUGAUCCCAUUACUGGUUCCAGUGCUUGUCGUGACUUUGUAUUUGAGGAUGAAGAAAAGCCGGAGUUUGAAAACGGAAGCAAAUGAAAUUGUAGAGAUGAUGGAGGUGAGAGACGACUGUUCUGUGUAUUAGAACACGACCUCUGCGGCGGCACUGACACAGGACACACAGGAGGAUUAGAGUCAAGUUAGUGUCAACACAGUAAUUAGGAUUUGAAUAUGUAAUAGUGAUUGCAUUUAAUCUAAAUUUAAUGGAUUAACACUUUAAACAUCAUCUCUUCAUCUAUGUUGGACAAUCUCUUUGAAUACUAUGCUGUAAUAUACAUGAUAUUCCUC